AUGGUUCGGUUAAGCAACAGCAUCGUCGUGUUGGUAAACGUCCUAACGCUGGUGAUAUCCGUGGCGGUAAUCGGCGGCGCCGCCUGGUCCUACACCCAUCCUGGCUCCCUCUGCCACCGCGUCCUCCAGCAGCCGCUUCUCUUCUUGGGUUUGUCCCUCCUGGCGGUGUCCCUACUAGGGCUGAUCGGCGCCUGUUGCCGAGUCCAGUUCUUGCUCUGGAUUUAUCUAUUUGUGAUGUUCGUUCUGAUCGUUGGCUUGGUUUGCUUCACGGUCUUCACCGUCGUCGUCACCAACAAGGGCGUCGGCAAGGCGGUUUCCGACAAGGGCUACAAGGAGUACCGCCUCGGCGACUACUCCAACUGGCUCCGCAAGUACGUCGUUAAUCAGGAGAACUGGGCCAAGAUUAGGAGUUGUUUGGUUGUUGCUGAUGUUUGUUCCACACUUGGAGCCAACCCUAACGAGACUCUCGCUGAUUUCAGAAAGAGAACCCUAUCUCCCAUACAGUCGGGUUGCUGCAAGCCGCCAACUUCCUGCGGCUUCAAGUUCAAGAACGCCACCUACUGGACGGCCCCGAAGACCGGUGGGCCUGCGGCGGCAGACGGGGACUGCGCCACCUGGAGCAACAACCAGUCGGUGCUGUGCUACGGGUGCCAGUCAUGCAAGGCCGGAGUUCUGGCCAACAUCAAGAAGGAAUGGAAGCUUCUGGCAAUCAUAAACGUCGUCGUUCUGGUCUUCGUUAUCAUCAUCUACUCCAUCGGCUGCUGCGCCCUCAGGAACGUCCGAUCAAGUGGGUACCUGCAGAGCGGCAAAGGCCACCCCUGAUCACACUUAAUUUGAUCCCACAUCCAUCCAUGCAUGCAUUCCUCAUCUGC